CUUCACCUGUUAUCAAUAACCGUUGUCUCGUACCAAUCUUGAUGCUAAAAAUACUCAAGCCCAACAAAAUGAAGCGUGAAGUAUCGGGACAAUCAGACACCAACGUCUUAAAACAGAUGACGCCUGAGGAGAUGAGAGAAAGUAUCAAGUCCCUCAAAUCCGAGAUGCAAGAAUUCCAGGACGAGCUACAAUCAAUCCAGGACAGGCGACACUUGAUCCAAGAUGAAAAGCUUCAGUUGAAACGUCAGCUUAAAGAGAAAGUCAAGUAUGACCAUGCAGAGACUCUAUCGAACCAGUACUGGGAAGAAGCCAAGCAGAGACUAUGUGAGGAGACCGAGCUUGUGAAAGCGAAUUGAGCGCAACACGGC